AUGGUGGUGAGAAAUGGGAUCGCGUACGAAGAAUGGGGGGUGCUAGCAAUCUUGGACUCGAGACAGCCGGACGGCGAUACCCUCAAAUACGAGGUGCAGUGGGACGGAUACCCUGCGACCUGGCAGGUUUGGUGGGACGUGCUGCCUGGCUGCGACAGGCUGGUGCAGGAGUUCCACGAGAGAUACCCUGACAAGCCAGGGCCUCCCGCUGAUUACGACUUCGAGAGCUAG